AUGGGCAACUUUAGGUUUCCAGUCAAGGUAAAACUACCUUCCACUUACCUCAAUGCUAGAGUCAUAAGAGAUAACUUCAAGAGACAACAAGUUGCUGAAAAUGAAGUUACAACAAGGGCAUUGAAGUACAUUGCUAGAAAUACGACACUUCCCCCUAGAGCUAGACUCGAGGCACAACUACAACUUAGCGUAAUGCCUAAUUACACAAGAAUGACCCAGGUUAAAAACAGAUGCGUUGAAACUGGCCAUUCUAGGUUUGUCCUCAGCGAUUUUAGGUUAUGCCGUACACAGUUCAGAGAAAAAGCCAAAAAUGGAGAUCUACCAGGCGUCAAGAAGGGUGUCUGGUGA